AUGAACCUGCUCGAACAGUGCCGCUCGACGCUCUGGGCGCCUACGAUGAGCUGCAGGCCGUCGGACUGGGCGCAUGCGGUGCUCCUGGUGGUCAGCACCAUCUACUCGACACAGGGUCUGCUUCCACCGCACGCUGCCAGCAAGUCGGAGCGGUGGAAGCGCGACUGGCUCGCCCCGACCGCGUCGGUGGCACCGUACGCCGCUCGGGCACUCUUGGUAUCGGCGUCCAUCUUUCAGGCGUACACCGUAGUGCUUCUCAAACCAGGAGUAACGUGGAGCGGGCGAACACAACUGCUCAACGCCGUCUGCUGCCUCACCUCGUGCUUUGGCGGCUGGCUCCGUCUGAGGUGCUACCGUGAGCUCGGUCGCUUCUUCACCUUUGCCAUCGGCAUCCGCAAGGAGCACAAGGUCAUCCAGACAGGUCCCUACCGCUACGUCCGUCAUCCAUCCUACACGGCGCUCAGCAUCCUGCUUCUGAGCCAGGCCCUCGUCCAUCUCGCAGCGAGCCCCGCUGCGGGACUGCUCGAGCUGCAGCAGCGCCUCGUCCUGACCGCUGGCGCAUGUCUUGGACCGGCUGUCCUCUUCGGCGUUCGCAUCCGCCAAGAAGAAGAGAUGCUGACCGAGCACUUUGGCGACGAAUACAGACAGUACAGCAAGCGCACCUGGCGCAUGUACCCCUUUGUCUUCUAG